AGCAUCAUUCUUCUCUCUCCACACUCUCUGGCUGGACUCUGAGCUGCUAGCUUUCUUUCUCCCAUGGCUACUUCAUUUCCUCCUCCAAUUCUCCUCUUUUUCGUAAUACUUGUAAUUACUACUGUCUCAAAGUCCAUUGCCGUUUCACCUGAUCAAACCCCCAAAACUUACAUCUUCCGAAUAGACAGCUCUUUUAAGCCCACCAUUUUCCCAACCCACUACCACUGGUACACCUCCGAGUUCACCCCCUCUCCCACCAUCCUCCAUGUCUACGACGAAGUUUUCCACGGCUUCUCCGCCUCUUUAACUCCCUCCCAAGCCGCCUCUGUCCUCAAGCACCCUUCUAUCCUCGCCGCUUUUGAGGACCGCCGCCGACAUCUCCACACCACUCGCUCCCCUCAGUUUCUGGGCCUUCGCAACCAAAGGGGUCUCUGGUCCGAAUCCGACUAUGGCUCCGACGUUAUUAUUGGAGUGUUUGACACCGGAAUUUGGCCCGAACGCCGGAGCUUCUCCGAUCUGAACUUGGGCCCGGUCCCCGCUCGCUGGAAAGGUGUUUGCCAGGCCGGAGUGAGGUUCACCACCAAGAACUGCAACCGCAAAAUUGUCGGAGCGAGAUUUUUCUCCAAAGGCCACGAGGCUUCCCCUGGUUUUGGAGGGUUCGGGGGCGGGAUUAAUGAAACUAUCGAGUUCAAGUCUCCCCGAGAUGCCGACGGCCACGGGACCCACACCGCCUCCACCGCUGCUGGUCGGCAUGCUUUUAAAGCUAGCAUGGAGGGCUAUGCUGCCGGGAUAGCUAAAGGGGUAGCUCCCAAAGCUCGAUUAGCAGUGUACAAAGUUUGCUGGAAGGGUGCCGGUUGCUUCGAUUCGGACAUUCUCGCCGCAUUUGACGCUGCAGUCACCGAUGGAGUCGACGUGAUUUCCAUCUCAAUUGGUGGCGGUGACGGCGUUUCAUCCCCUUAUUAUCUCGAUCCAAUCGCAAUCGGAUCGUACGGUGCCGUUGCGCGGGGCGUUUUUGUGUCGUCUUCAGCUGGAAAUGAUGGGCCGAAUGGAAUGUCCGUGACGAACCUCGCUCCCUGGCUCACCACCGUCGGAGCCGGCACCAUUGAUCGGAAUUUCCCAGCUUAUAUUAUCCUUGGCGACGGUAGGAAACUCUCCGGGGUGUCGCUGUACGCGGGGUUGCAACUGGACGGGAAAAUGUACUCCGUAGUGUACCCCGGUAAAUCCGGGGUACUGGCCACUUCACUGUGCAUGGAGAAUUCACUUGAGCCUAGCGCAGUGGAAGGAAAAAUAGUGAUUUGCGACCGGGGUAGUAAUCCUAGAGUGGCCAAAGGACUAGUGGUGAAAAAGGCAGGAGGUGUGGGAAUGAUUCUGGCUAAUGGGGCUUCCAACGGAGAAGGCCUUGUUGGAGAUGCUCAUUUGCUUCCAACUUGUGCAGUUGGUGCUUCAGAAGGUGACGCCAUCAAAGCCUAUGCCGCCUCCCAUCCAAAUCCCACUGCCACCAUCAAUUUCGGGGGCACCGUUGUUGGGAUCAAACCGGCUCCCGUGGUGGCUUCUUUUUCAGCUAGAGGGCCCAACGGUUUGAACCCCGAGAUACUGAAGCCGGACAUGAUAGCCCCUGGGGUUAAUAUCUUGGCUGCCUGGACUGAUGCGGUCGGUCCAACGGGACUGGAUUUGGAUACUCGGAAGACCGAGUUCAACAUCUUGUCGGGUACGUCCAUGGCGUGUCCUCAUGUGAGCGGCGCGGCGGCCUUGCUAAAAUCCGCGCAUCCUGAUUGGAGUCCCGCUGCAAUUAGGUCUGCUAUGAUGACUACUGCUACUACUAUUGACAACAAUUUUCAUCCCAUGAUCGAUGAGGCAACUGGGAAACCAUCCACCCCCUACGAUUAUGGAGCUGGACACGUGAAUCUCGGUCUCGCCAUGGAUCCAGGGCUCGUUUAUGAUUUAACCAAUAGUGAUUACGUGAAUUUUCUAUGUGCGAUUGAGUAUGGUCCCAAGACGAUUCAGGUAAUCACCAGAUCACCGGUGAAUUGCCCGGCGAGGAAGCCGUUGCCUGAGAACCUGAACUAUCCCUCAAUUGCUGCACCGUUUUCGAGUGCCUCCACGGGGGUUUCCAGCAAGACCUUUUUCAGGACAGUGACGAACGUCGGGGAAGCAAAUGCAGUCUACAGCGUGAAGGUGGAGGCACCCAAGGGGGUCGGUGUUGCUGUGAAGCCCUCAAAACUUGUGUUCACGGAGAAAGUGAGGAAAUUGAGCUACUUUGUGACGGUCACCGCGGACAGUAAGAAUCUGGUGAUUGGUGAUUCCGGUGCUGUUUUCGGCUCACUUUCUUGGGAGGAUGGAAAGCAUGUGGUGCGGAGCCCCAUUGUGGUGACUCAAAUUGAUCCCCUGUAAAUGGUUCCAUCACCCAUGUUUGGUUGCUCGUUAAUUCGCUACGAGGAAGGCUUUUUUAAUGAUCUUGAUCUUGAUCAUGAUCAUCAUGUGUUUUUUUUUUUUUUUUGUUUUUUAAUCGAGUACUAGGGAGAUAGAUGUGUAGAUUCUAGCUUGAUUAGCUUUAAGCAGCUAGCUACAUCUUGCUAGCUAGCACUUUUGGUUGUUUAUUAUUUUUGGGUUGGCUUGUUGAUCGAUCGUCUUUAAUUAGCUCCGUUUCGAGGGGUAGGUAGGUCCAAGUGUCGGGAGACACCGGCGUGUGGCCUUUUAAGCCUUUUCCCGUGGUAGGAGCGGGAGGGAAUGUUUGGGAAUUUUCUUUUUCGACCUUCUCAUGUGACAAAAAGUAUUAUGAAUACCACCAAAUGCUUGUUAAGUUCAUCCUA